UCCAUGUGAUUAACGUCAACACAUAUGCAAUUACCACAACAAAAAACAGAUGCAAAAAUAUAUUACAAUAACAUUGUUAAACAAUAAUAUAAAUAAAAAAUGAUUAAUUUAUUUAUGUCCAAUGGAAAUGUACUUGUUUGGAAUGCUGAUGACUGGCUGACACUGAGAAAAGAAUACAGAAUAUUAGGCCAAAUGGUUGGUUGUUUAGCCAAAAAUCAUCAUCAGGAAAAAUUACAUGGUAUGCCAUUUGUGCUACUUCCAGAAGAGGUGACAUUAUUGUUGGAAAAAAAAAUUGCUAGACUAAUUAAAUAUAAAGAUCUUGAUAAACGACCAACAACAAAACUCGUUGAACAACAUAAUCAACAUCAAGAAAAAUUAUUCAAUGAAUUGGAACAAUGUUUACGAGAUGAAAAAAUAAAAAGUAUUGAAUUUCAUAUGGAUCGUAUAAUUGAGGGUAAAAAAAGAAAAUUAUUAGGACUACAAUCAUCUAAAAAAAAAAUGAAAAAACCAAUUGACGAUAAUUUAGUUGACAAAGCAAGUAAAAUAACAAUUGACAAAGAUGCAUUGAUGGCUGAGAAAAUAAGUAAAAUACCAAAAUUAGAAAAAAGUGAAAUACUUGUACAAAUACCAACAGCAUGUCCUUGGGCUGAUGAAGAUGAUGAUGAUAAUAUUGAAGAAAUUAAAUGGAAUUAUCCAGUAACACAAGAUGAUAAAACAAUGUACAUGGUUUAUAAAGAUCUAUGGGAUAAAAAAUGUUAUGUAACAACUGGUGAAAGAUUUGGUGGUGAUUAUUUAGCAUAUCCUGGUGAUCCAAUACUUUAUCAUUCACAAUUUAUUGUUAAAUGUGUUGAUAAAAAUGAAGAGAUGUCUGUUAUUGAUUUGGCUGGUCAAUGUAGACUUGCAACUCAUGUUAAAAAGACUCAAGUUUUUGCUUAUAUUAAUGAUGAUGAAGAAGUUUGUUAUCAAUCAUUUAAUUGGGGUGGUGAUAGCUAUAGCUAGGCUUGUUGAAUAAAAAAUAAAACAGACUACUUGAAUAAAC